CUUUUGUCCAGAUGGUGUCCCAGGGAAGAUCUCUAUCUGUCCCAGACAUGCACUCUGUUAUCCCCAGGGUGGAGGGAUGCCAUUGGUCUUCUGCCCUGCUUUUUAGCCUGCGAAAAGUUGCUGUGACAAAAUGGAAAAACGUCGGCCACUGCCAUCCGUGAAUGUUAUCCUAUUUACCGAUUGGCCGAUGACAGUCAAUAAACCUAAUAUCGGCCGAUACUGAUAUGAUAUGUUGCUGAUAAAUCGGUGCAUAUCUAGUCCCUGUGUGAUUGAAUAUGUCAAACAUAUGUCAUAAAACCAGUAUCAGAGUAUUUUUACAUUAAUAUGCCUGUUUUCUCUUUCUGUAAAACAGUUUUAAAUGUUUGAUGACUGAUCGUGCCCACAGUGGCGUUUACAAAAGUUCAUCCAAUCAAAUGGUUGUAGUGGCUAGCUAACAGAGUAAUAUGGAGAGAGAUAGGAAGAGAUGUAUGUUUGGGUAUCUGUGGGCAAAACCUUUGUUCUAACUGUCAAAACAAUCUCUCCCUCAAUCUCUCCCUCCAGGCCAGGGAAGUGUGAAUGGAGCCAACAGUCCACUGCAGCUCUAUAUGGCACUAAACUCUAAGCCUGCCCACUUUUAAACGGUCCAAUCAAAUGCAAAGGAUUUAAAUCCUUCUUACUUCCUGCAGGGAGGCAGAUGACCCAAGCACAUAUCAGCUACUGUUGGCUACACCAACAAACGUUACUAAUUUCUUCUGCUCAAGAUUAAGUCAUUGUUUUGGCUUUUAGUUUUGCUUUUAACAACAGAAUGAGAACUCCAUUGAUGGAUAAAAUGUCUCCUGUUGUGUUACUGGAUCAUGUGUGAUGCUCUUGGAUUUAAUUCUGCAUAUGUUUUUGGCUUUGUCUUCUGGAGGACACAGUUUCAUCUGCCCCAGUUGAAUCUGAGCUGAAGCGGACAAAACGUCUUCUACUUGAAGGAGCUGAACUCCAGCCUGAGCUGUGAACGGUGAGGGAAGAUAAGGAAGCUGGCUGAGGGAGGGCUGACAGACAGACAGACAGAGCUGCCACCUUGCUGGAGAGGCUGCAAGACGGAGCAGUGACACAACAGAGCAAAGCAUCAUUUUUCUUUGCUUCAAUGAAGUGUGGAGACUUGGAGGAGUGCCUCAUCUUACCUGCAUGGGCUUGUGACAAGUAGAUAGCAUCUGUACAGAACCUUCACCAUUACUGAGGAUUGGCCUGUAAUCAGAGGUUCAAACAAAUAUUUAUUUCACUAUAUCCACAUUCCACAUCUAGCAUGGGUAGACGAGGGGUUCUGAGCUGCUGCCUCCUCCUGACUGCUUUGCUCAGCUUAUCAAAUGCUGGCUUUGUGAAGGAAAUCCUACGGCAUCGGCGACAGACUCUGGAGUCUCCUAAAGAAAAUAACAUCACCUUCCCGAGCGCGGACCGUCCUGUAGUUUUCAACCACGUCUAUAACAUCAAUGUUCCUGCCAGUUCCCUGUGCUCGGUGGACCUGGAUGCUCCAGAGAGCACGCAGCUCCAUCCUAAAGAUACAGCAGUCUCUUCAGGCCAUCACACCACUGAGCACACCCUGGAUGGGGAGAACCAGAUCCUCUUUACCCACCGCAUCAACAUACCUCGGCAGGCCUGUGGGUGUAGUGACAACCUGCCCGGCCUGAAAGACCUCAUGAGCCGGCUGGAGAUGCUUGAGGGAGAAGUUUCAGCAUUGAGAGAUCAGUGCAAUGGUGACGGACCCUGCUGCAGUGCACAGGUCACAGGUGCGGUGGGAACCAAACCUUACUGCAAUGGUCAUGGAAACUACAGCACUGAAACCUGUGGCUGCGUGUGCGAGCCUGGCUGGAAGGGACCCAACUGCUCUGAACCUGAGUGUCCCAAUAAGUGCCAGAACCGGGGCCGCUGCGUUGACGGAAAGUGUGUGUGCUUCAAAGGCUUCACCGGAGAAGACUGCACACUCGAGGUCUGCCCUGUGGACUGUGGAGCGUACGGCCAGUGUGUGGGUGGUGUUUGCAUCUGCUCAGAUGGUUUCUUCGGCGAAGACUGCUCUCAAACCAAGUGCCUCAACAACUGCCAAGGCCGCGGUCACUGUGAUGACGGAGACUGUGUGUGUGAUGAACCCUGGACUGGCUCAGACUGCUCUGAACUCAUCUGCCCCAAAGACUGCUACGACCGUGGACGCUGCAUGAAUGGCACCUGCUAUUGCGAUGAGGGCUACACCGGAGAGGACUGUGGACAACGCACCUGCACCAACAACUGCCAUGGUAAUGGUUUCUGUGUGGAUGGCAAGUGUGUCUGCGCCGCCGGCUUCAGUGGAGAAGACUGCUCACGGCUCACCUGCCUCAACGACUGUAACGGCAGAGGGACGUGCUUCAAUGGGAUGUGUAUCUGCGAUCCAGGCUACCAAGGCGCAGACUGCAGCCAGUUAGCUUGUCUGAACAACUGUAACAACAGAGGCCAGUGCAUAAAUGGACAGUGUGACUGCGAUGUUGGUUUCCAAGGAGAUGAUUGCUCUGAGCUUUCCUGUCCAAACAGCUGCCAGCACAGAGGGCGCUGUGUUAACGGCCAGUGUGUGUGUGAGGAAGGCUUCGUUGGUGAGGACUGUAGCAUCAGGACCUGCCCCUCAAACUGCUAUGGCCGCGGCGAGUGCAUUGAGGGACGUUGUGUGUGUCAUGCAGGCUUCACCGGUGAGGACUGCGCCCAACUGAGCUGCCCCAACAACUGCAGAAACCGUGGCCGGUGCAUUGAUGGGCAGUGUGUUUGUGACGAAGGCUUCUCUGGGGAGGACUGCAGUCAGAAAGCGUGUCCAAAUGAUUGCUUGGCCCGUGGUUACUGUGUCAACGGCAAGUGCAUCUGUCAGGAAGGCUACUCAGGAGAUGACUGCUCUGUGCACGCCUGUCCAGGUAACUGCAACAACAGGGGGCGCUGCAUCAAUGGAAGGUGCUCAUGUGAGAGUGGAUAUGAAGGGGAAAGCUGUGCAGAGCUAAGCUGCCUCAACAACUGCCAGGAGAAAGGCCGCUGUGUGAACGGUCAGUGCGUCUGUGAUGAGGGAUACAUUGGAGAAGACUGCUCAGAAGUGUCUCCUCCAAAGGACCUUACCGUUGGCGAAGUCACUGGUGACACGGUGGACCUGAGCUGGAACAAUGAGAUGUUGGUGACAGAGUACCUUGUGACGUACGUACCCACCAAACCAGGUGGUCUUCAGAUGGAGUUCGCAGUGACAGGAGACAAAACUUCAGCUACCGUCAAAGAGCUUGAGCCUGGCAUCGAGUACUUCAUCAAUGUCUACGCUGUUCUGAGCAACAAGAGGAGUGUCCCUGUCAGCGCGAGGGUGGCUACAGAGCUUCCACAGCCAGAGGGUUUAAGGUUCAAAUCAGUGAGAGAGACCUCUGUGGAGGUGGUGUGGGACCAGCUGGACAUCGCCUUUGAUGGCUGGGAGAUCUAUUUCCGCAACACGAAAGAAGAAAAUGGAAAAGUCGUGAGCACCCUUCCACCAUCUCAACACCAGUUUCUCCAGUCAGGCCUUGGUCCAGGACAGGAGUAUGAAGUCUCUCUUAACAUCAUCAAGAACAACACCAGAGGACCCCAAACAACCAAAAAAGUCACUACCAAGAUUGAUGGCCCUCGGCAGCCGGAGGUGAAGGACGUGACCGACUCCUCAGCCUUGGUUAGCUGGUCUCAGCCCGUGGUUCCUAUGGACAGACUCACUAUGAUUUAUGGGCCCAGCUCUGACCCCUCGGAUGAAACCAGCGUGGAGAUUCCUCCCCCAGACAAGCAGUACAGCAUCGACGGUCUGAGGCCAGACACUGAGUACAAGGUGUCGCUCAUCUCCAGGAGCGGAGAGCUCACCAGUGACCCUGCCACCUCCACAUUCACUACAGCCCUGGAUGCACCCACGAACCUGCAAGCUGUAUCCCAGACAGACAACAGCAUCACUCUGGAGUGGACUAACAGUCAAGCUGAUGUUAGCAGCUAUCGGGUGAAAUACAGUCCCAUAUCUGGUGCGACUCAUGGUGAGGAAGUGUUCCCACGAGGACCAGGAGACACCACAGAAGCUACCAUCACUGGGCUAAAGCCAGGGACAGAGUAUGGGAUCGGUGUGACUGCUGUGAAGAAUGAGAGAGAGAGCCUUCCUGCUACUACAAAUGCAGCAACUGAUAUCGACCCUCCCAGAAAUUUUGAAGAGCUGGAAUCUACAGAGACCUCCCUCACCCUGAGGUGGCAGAAACCUCGGGCCAAGGUCGGCGCCUACAAGCUGGUGUACGUCCCCAAAGAUGGCCAGGCCGAGGUGGUGGAGGUCCCAGCCACAGCAACUAGCUAUGUCCUGUCCAACCUGACUCCUGGAAUGACCUACACCAUCACUUUGGCUGCGGAGAGGGGGCUCAAGAGGAGCACACCUGUCACCUUAUCUGCAUCUACAGCACCCAAGCCUACCUCUCCAGAUGUUCUUUCACUGAGCAUCAAAGAUGCCCCAACUACCCCAACAACUGCCCUGGAUAUUAAAGUAGUUCAAACCCCAGAUCCCUUCCGUCAUAUAAACACUUCUGAUACUGGUGCGGUGAGCUCUGAAACCUCGAGUCUGGAUGUACUGGGGGACCUCACGGUUAAUGUCACCUCCACCGGUGUGAGCCUGGCUUGGUCGGCGCCUGACAAAGCAUUUGAUAGCUUUUUGGUGGAGCUCAGUGCUCCGUCAGGGGUGACACAAACUCAUGUGACCAGAGUACCAGGAGGUGUGAGGAGGGCUGAAAUAGAGGGUUUGUCCCCCUCCACACACUAUGAAAUUACAUUGCAAGGGCUGGUGGAAGGGAAGAGAUCAUUACCUCUCAAAGUGUUUGCUACUACAGAGGAGCUGAGGCCCAUGGUGGUGAACCUCACCAUCUCUGACAUUACAUGGGACGGCUUCACUGCGUCCUGGAGCCCCACUGGUGGGGAAUUUGACAGCUUUGUCAUAGAGGUAACAAACUUGGACAAUUUCGAAGAGAGCCAAAACCUCAGUCUGUCUGGAGACGCUUUCAGCCUGGGCAUCUCUGGGCUGAAUCCCAACACCAGCUACAUGGUUGGCCUGUUUGGGAUGUAUGAGGGCUCCUUCCUUGAACCCGUGUAUGCUGACGCCACCACAGAGGCUGAGCCGGAGGUGGAGCAUCUCUUUGUCUCGGACAUCACAGCUGACGGUUUCCGUUUGUCGUGGACGGCUGAUGAAGACUUGUUUGAUAGAUAUGUGAUCAAAAUAAGAGACAGCAAAAGAUUAGCCCACCCUCAGGAGUACAGCGUCCGUGGCGAUGAACGAACCAAGGUUUUCACUGGACUCAUGAGUGGCAGCGAGUAUGAAAUUGAGCUUUAUGGUGUCACAUUGGACCAACGCUCCCAGCCUGUUACUGGGGUUGCUCAGACAGGCCUGAGCACUCCAAGAGGACUCAGCUUCUCUGACGUGACUGACUCCUCGGCCAUAGUUCACUGGUCCAUGCCUCGCUCUCCAGUGGAUGGCUACCGAAUCACCUAUGUACCCUUUGAAGGAGGAAGCCCAAUGACACUGACUGUGGAUGGCAGCGUGUUUGAGGCUAUCCUUCCCAAUAUGUUCCCUGGCAAACUGUACCAAGUGACUGUGAGUGCUGUGAAGGGUCUGGAGGAAAGUGACCCCAGCACUGACACUGUGAUCACAGCUCUGGACAGACCUCAGGGUCUCACUGCAGUUAAUGUCACUGACACUUCAGCCCUGUUGCUGUGGCAACCAUCUGUGGCCACUGUAGAAGGCUACACCAUUACUUACAGUGGUGAUUCAGUGUCCCCAGUGGUGGAGACUGUUUCUGGGAACACAGUGGAGUUUGAGAUGGGCUCCCUGGUUCCAGGAACCCACUACACAGUUGGAGUACAUGCUGUGAAAGACUCUCAGAAGAGUGACUCUGCUGUGACUGAAUUCACCACCGGUGUGGAUCCUCCUCGUGAUCUGACAGCUGUUAACAUUCAAACUGAGAGUGCGACUCUCACAUGGAAACCUCCACAGGCUGCUGUGACGGGUUACACACUCACCUUCUCCUCUGCUGAUGGUGUAAUCAGGGAAGUGGUGCUGAGCCCGACAGCGUCCUCUUACAGCAUGGCUCAGUUAACCGGCUCCACAGAGUACAAUGUCAAACUGCAGGCCAUUGCCGGACCCCAGAGGAGCCGUCAUGUGACCACUGUCUUCACCACCAUUGGACAGUUGUACAGACGCCCUAAGGACUGUGCUCAGAUUUUACUGAAUGGAGAGACGACCUCUGGUCUGUACACCAUCUACGUGGGUGGAGAGGAGAGCCAGCCCAUCCAGGUUUACUGUGACAUGACCACAGAUGGUGGAGGGUGGCUGGUUUUCCUCAGACGCCAGAAUGGAAAGCUGGAAUUCUUCAGGAACUGGAAGAACUACACUGCUGGCUUUGGUAACAUGAAUGAUGAGUUCUGGCUGGGUCUCUCCAACCUCCAUAAAAUCACAAAUUCGGGCCAUUAUGAGUUGCGAGUAGACUUGAGGGACAACGGGGAAUUAGCCUACGCUCAGUAUGACAAGCUCACGAUUGCAGAGCCAAGAACACGCUAUAAAAUCUACAUAGGAGCGUAUAGUGGAACAGCAGGUGACUCCAUGACGUACCACCAGGGUCGACCCUUCUCCACCUACGACAAUGAUAAUGACAUUGCUGUCACCAACUGCGCCUUGUCCUACAAAGGUGCCUUUUGGUAUAAAAACUGUCAUCGUGUCAACCUCAUGGGCAAAUACGGUGACAACAGUCACAGUAAGGGAAUCAACUGGUUCCACUGGAAAGGCCACGAACACUCAAUUGAAUUUGCAGAGAUGAAGAUCAGGCCGGCCAACUUCAGAAAUUUUGAGAGCAGGAAAAAGCGAUCGUAGACCCAUGAACCCCGUCCUCAUCACCUCAUCUACAUUCACCACCCUCGGGCCUUGUCGGCAGUCAUGAACUUCAUUCUCUUAAAAAACACACGAACAAAAGACAAUCACACUGAAUUUAAGUCAAAUUCUGGUUGUGAGAAAAAUGAACAUGGUAACAUUUACACCAAAGAAUCAAACAGUUUUUGUGUAGCCAUCCCAAGUUGGCACUGUUGUGUAUGUGUGAGUAUAUAUAUUCGAAAGCAGUGGUGAGUUUAAGGAACGUGAAUAGACAUACAGUACAUGUGUUAUUGGGACCAAACAUCUGUAAACAUCAUAUGAAGAAUUGUGUGUAGAUGGAUCCACUGAAUCAGUAACAUGUCACGGGCACAUAGUCAGAAGGAGUCACAUCCCCUCAAGCAACGGGAAGUUAAUUCAGUUUUGAAAUAGUUCAAUUCCUUCAUCUUCAACUGAGUUACUGAGCAGGAUAAAUUAAGAAAGUGAUAAAUCUUAAUGAAUAAAAUGAACUCUAUGAAAUGUCAUGUAAUUACUGUACAACCAAAAGACCAUUGGAAACCACUAAAACCACUGAAUUCAUAUUUAAAUUUUGGUUUGCUUAUUUUGAUAGAAAGAUGCUCUGUAACCUU